AAAAUUUUUAGUGAUAAAAGGAUGGAGCCGGUCAAUAAUAUUAUUUCUAUUUCCAAGGCUAUUUUGACUUUAUUAGAGGAGAAACGGCGUAUUGACGGUGAACUUGCAAAACGCGAAGUACUUUUAAUGGCUAAUCUUAAAUUGAUUACAAUGGAACCUCCAAUGACUAUUGACGAACAAAAUUCGCCUGAAUCACCAAUUUCUGGCAAAUCUGAUGGGUUAACUAAUUAUGAGACUCCAUUACAAAUUCCGUUGGAACGCGAGGAUGUUAAGAACAACAGCGAGGAUAAUAUCAAUCAGGAGACACCGGAAGAACAAUUGCCACCUUCUCCAGAGCAAUUGCCUCUUCCGCAGCCCAACUCAAUUUUUGAUGUGGAAGUUUCUCCUUUGUCUGUCAGCCACAGCAACAAUAACGUCAACAGUGCUGUUGUCGCUCCUCUUUCAGAUGAUGAAACUUUGGAAGUUACUGAUGAAGUUGAACGUGAAAUUGAUCAAGUUGGCAAUGGAGAACGUAAUUUGGCUGAUGCUGGACUUGGUGGUCGGAAGAACAAUAGUUUUACAGGUUUAUUAUUCUAGUCGGAGAGAGGGGAAGAUGUGAAAACUCAGUUUGCCAUUGUUAAAGUAGGGGUCAGGGAAAAUUUAUAACCUCGGGAUACCUCGUUGUUUUGGGUCUCAAAACAGCCAUAACCAGGAUUUUUAUAGGGGAGGGGGGAAAUUUUUCUGGGCCGAAUUUUUAGCAUACGAAAAUUUUAGAAGGAGGAGACUGGUAAGGCUUUUAAGUUCACAGUAAGUAGGGACAACUUUGUAAAAGUAAGGAGUGAGUUUUUUUCGGUGAAGAUUGGC